GCGCCCUCCGCACCUUCUCCUCCUCCUACUUGCCCUUCCUGCUUACUCGGCAGCCCGCUCCCGACGAUCAAGCUGGCUACGACGACGAUGCUCAUGACCAUGCCCAACACAAACGACAUGGAACACCCCCAGCAGCGUCAAUUCAACCCGUACAGCGAUAAUGGCGGGACCAUUCUCGCGAUCGCUGGUGCGGAUUUCACCGUCAUCGCGGGAGAUACGCGUCAGAGCGAAGGGUACAACAUCCAGACGCGAUACGCGCCCAAAGUGUUCAAAUUGACCGAUCGCGCCGUACUCGCCGUUAACGGCUUUGCGGCCGACGGAAACAUGUUCGUGAAGAAGGUGAAGCAACGGUUGGAGUGGUAUCGCCAUGCGCAUGCGAAAGACAUGCCGCUGCAUGCCAUCGCGCGCCUGAUCCAAACCAUGCUCUACGCCCGCCGAUUCUUCCCAUACUAUGUCUACAACAUCCUCGGCGGCAUCGAGGAAGACGGUACGUCCGCUCAUUCCGCACGACCUGCCUUCUCCUCACACUUCCCGACCCGGACAGGAUCCGGUGCCGUGUACUCCUUCGACCCCGUGGGGUCCUAUGAGCGUGAAACUUGUCGCGCGGCUGGUGCGGCCCAGAACCUCGUACAACCCUUCUUGGACAAUCAGAUAUACUUCAAGAACCAACAGCCCGCGCCCGGCACGUCGCAUCCGAAACAUCUCCCGCUGCCGGACGUCAUCAAGCUCGUGAUCGACUCGUUCACGGGCGCGACCGAGCGGCACAUCGAGGUCGGCGAUGGCCUCGAGAUGUACAUCGUCCUCGCCAAGGGCCGGACAUUGCAGGGUCUCGAGGGUAUCCGGGGGCUCCAGGAGCUCUCGACCACACCAGAGGGCGAGCGGUUGUUCGUCGUGCGGAGAGAGCUCAAGAAGGACUGAUAUCGCUCCCCACCGUGUAAUCUGUACCGUGUCCUGCGCGCAAUGGACGUGUUUUUUGUCCUAUCUUUCCUCGGUGCCGUUCUCUUGCAGUCGUUGUACGUUAAUAGACUCUGCCCAUCCUUCUGAUAGAUGUACUCCACCAACAAUCAAAUAUUAAUG